CAACCACAAUCCCAAAACCCACCUUCCAAACACAACUAUUGGUUCCCAAUUACCAAACGUCUCGUCAAUAACCCCCCUUUCCUUUCGCUUUCAAUUACCCCAUAUUCAGUCUCUGGUUUACAAAACCCCCCCUUAAAUAUCUCUCUUUCUUCUAAAUUCUCCACUAUUUUUAUCAAAAAAUCAAAUUAAAAUAAUGCGUUGCACCGAGUUGACUCAGUAGCAGGUUUCCGCCAUUACUGAUUCAACUCGGUUAUGGAAGCUUUUUGCUACCAUGUCUGUAAUGGCUCCUCUGCUCUCGCACUCGAGAAGCUUCGCAUUUCGACGUCGACUUCCUCCGCCGUCAGAACGCGGUUUGUCGGAAGUUCGGCGGCGGCGCUUCGUUUUCCGAGUGUUGUGUUCUCGAAUUCCAGAAUGAUCACCGGAAACGGCGGCGAUGUUGACGGAAAAACGAAGAUUGCUGCUCCGAAGAGGAGGAGAAGCAGGAAUCAACGGAAAACUCCGCCGGCGCUGGCGGAGACGUCGCUGCCGGAGCCGAGGAAUUUGAUUGCGAACAAGGCGCUGUAUCACAAUGGAGAUCCGUUAGGAAGACGAGAUCUAGGGAAGCUGGUGGUGCGGUGGUUGCGGCAAGGGAUGAGUGCGAUGGCGGCGGAGUUUGCGGCGGCGGAAGUGCGAGGGGAUUUCUCGGAGUUGGAGCAGCGAAUGGGACCGGGUGUGACGUUUUUGAUUGAGGCGCAACCGUAUAUUACUGCAAUUCCUAUGCCAGUUGGUCUUGAAGCUGUUUGUUUGAAGGCUUGUGCUCAUUAUCCUACUUUGCUUGAUCAUUUUCAGCGUGAGCUUAGGGAUGUUCUUCAGAAGUUGGAACGCGAGGCGGUUGUGCCAGAUUGGAAGGAGACACGGUCGUGGAAGUUGCUUAAGCAAUUGUUUAAUUCAGCGCAGCACAAAGCUAUAGCUAGGAAGGUCACUCAGCCAAAGCCUGCCCGUGGUGCUUUGGGGCUUGACAUUAACAAGGUCAGGAAGAUGCAGGCUACCAUUGAUCAAUUUACCAAUCAUAUGGCAAAUUUGCUUCGUAUAGAAAGGGAUUCAGAGUUGGAAUUUACUCAAGAAGAGUUAAAUGCUGUGCCUACACCUGACGAAAAUUCUGAUUUCUCCAAGCCAAUUGAAUUUUUGGUCAGCCAUGGGCAAUCACAACAAGAGCUUUGUGAUACGCUUUGUAACUUAACUGCAGUUAGCACUUCAACUGGAUUAGGUGGAAUGAAUUUGGUUGUGUUUAGAGUGGAGGGUAAUCACCAGCUGCCACCCACUACUCUCUCUCCAGGUGAUAUGGUUUGUGUGAGAACAUGUGAUAGCAGAGGUGCUGGUGCAACUUCAUGCAUGCAGGGUUUUAUUGAUAAUCUUGGGGAGGAUGGCUGCAGUAUUAGUGUUGCUCUGGAGUCUCGACGUGGUGAUGCUACUUUUUCAAAGCUCUUUGGAAAGCUUGUGCGAAUUGAUCGCAUUCCUGGAUUGGCUGACACACGAACAUAUGAGCGUAACUGUGAGGCGCUGAUGCUACUGCAAAAGAAUGGUUUGCAGAAGAAAAAUCCAUCAAUUGCAGUCGUGGCUUCUCUGUUUGGUGAUAAAGAAGAUGUUGAUUGGCUGGAGGACAGUCAUGUGGUAGACUGGAAAGGAGUAGAAGAGGACAGUCUGGUGGACAGUAGCAGUUUUGACGAUUCUCAGCGUCAUGCAAUGGCCUUGGGUUUGAAUAAAAAACGGCCUAUGUUAGUUAUCCAAGGGCCACCUGGUUCCGGAAAAUCAAGGUUGUUAAAACAACUCAUUGUUCUGUCUGUUGAACGCGGUGAAAAAGUGCUUGUUACAGCCCCAACAAAUGCAGCUAUUGAUAACAUGGUUGAGAAACUUUCUGAUACUGGAAUAAAUAUUGUGCGAAUGGGAAAUCCAGCCCGAAUAUCUGCCACUGUUGCUUCAAAAUCAUUAGGUGAGAUUGUCAAUUCCAAAAUUGGGGAUUUCAGGACAGAAACAGAAAGGAAAAGAUCAGAUUUAAGAAAAGACCUGAGACUUUGUCUAAAGGAUGAUUCAUUAGCUGCUGGCAUACGUCAGCUUAUAAAGCAACUUGCUAAGACAUUAAAGAAGAAGGAAAAGGAAAUUGUGAAAGACACAUUGUCAGCUGCCCAAGUUGUUCUUGCCACUAAUAUUGGAGCUGCGGAUCCACAGAUCCGAGGGUUGGGGCCCUUCGAUUUAGUUAUCAUUGAUGAAGCAGGGCAAGCAAUUGAACCCUCAUGCUGGAUCCCAAUUCUGCAGGGAAGGCGCUGUGUGCUUGCAGGUGAUCAUUGCCAGCUUGCUCCAGUGGUUUUAUCUAGGAAUGCACUGGAAGGAGGUUUGGGAAUCUCUCUUCUAGAGAGAGCAGCAAAUUUGCAUGGAGGAAUGCUCAUUGCAAAGUUGACAACUCAGUACCGGAUGAAUGAUAUCAUAGCUAGCUGGGCUUCCAAGGAAAUGUAUGGUGGGUUGUUGAAGUCUGCUGCAGAAGUCUCAUCUCAUCUCCUUAUAGAUUCUCCUUUCGUCAAGCAAACUUGGAUAACUCAAUGCCCAUUGCUAUUACUGGAUACGAGAAUGCGGUAUGGUUAUUUAUCUGUUGGUUGUGAGGAACAAAUGGAUCCUGCUGGUACUGGUUCUUUCUACAAUGAAGGAGAGGCAAAUAUUGUUAUCCAGCAUGUCCUUUCAUUGGUUUAUGCAGGUGUGAGCCCAAAAGCUAUCGCAGUUCAAUCUCCUUAUGUUGCUCAAGUGCAACUGCUGAGAGAGAAGCUCCAUCAGUUUGAGGAGACUAGAGGGGUUGAAGUGGCAACAAUUGAUAGCUUUCAAGGCCGGGAAGCUGAUGCUGUAAUCAUCUCUAUGGUUCGAUCAAACACAAUGGGUGCUGUUGGCUUUCUUGGGGAUAGUAGGCGCAUGAAUGUUGCCAUAACAAGGGCACGCAAGCAUGUUGCCAUUGUUUGUGAUAGCUCAACUAUAUGCCAUAACACCUUCCUUGCAAGGCUCUUGCGGCAUAUUCGAUAUUCUGGAAGGGUCAAGCAUGCUGGGUCUGAUUAUUUAGGAGGUCCUGGACUCGGCUCCAAUCCCAUGUUGCCAUCAUUAAGUUGAUGCAGCCAGAAGCUUUCUUUAUACAACUGAUUCCUGAGCUAUUGGUUGCUUUCUUCCAAUUGUUGAUACAUACGCCUAGACCUCAUUCAUGUAUAGCAUUCAAAUUUUUAUAUUGUAUAAAGCAUUUUGUAGCGCCGUUGUAAGUGUAUAUGUGCAUAGCAGUCUCAGUCUCACUUGCAUACAUAAUACAAACAUUUGCAAAAAUAUGUUGCAAUGAACAUCAUUAAGUUUACUACUACAAACUUUAUGAGAACAUAAUCUUACAGUA